UCACUCGCACCAGCUGAACGAUAGCUUCGGCAGGCAACCGACAGUUCUCGUUUUGUCUCGUUCGAUCAAAACAACCAUACGAGAUGUCAACAGGAGGUCAAAGGUCACAACAUGGCAGAGUUUAAUGUGUUGUCCUUAGUGUUAAUGGCAGUUCCAGUUUCAGUACUGUUAUAUGUCGUUGUCACGUAUUUUACACGACGGAAUUAUGAGAAGCAACCUCCGGUUUAUCAAGGGUGGAUGCCGUGGCUUGGGUGCGCGCUUGAGUUCGGAAGAGCUCCAUUGACGUUCAUCCAACAGAAACAUGAAGAGCUUGGUCCAGUCUUUACCCUGUGUGUUGCUGGAGAAAGAUAUACAUUUCUGAUGGAGGCUGAAGACUUUGACAAGUUCUUCAAUUCUCCAAAUGUAGACUUUCAGAAAGCUGUUCAAGACCCCACCAAUCGUGUCGCUUCACUGCCAAAGAGUUCCUUCUUCAAAUAUCAUACAAAGAUCCAUGAUGAAGUGAAAGGAAAACUAGCUGCCUCACAACUAGCUUUGUUUUCGGAUCACUUGUGUCAGAGCUUUAGAGAAAAUCUUGAGAAGCUAGCAGGAGGCAGUGAUGACCUCAUGGAGGUCGUGAGGUCAGCAAUGUACCCAGCUGUCAUUAACAACCUAUUUGGACAGGAUGUGUUGCCUGUAGCCCAGAAGGAGGAGUUUGACUUGCUUACAAAACACUUCAUCACUUUUGAUGACCAGUUUGAGUAUGGCGCCAAACUGCCAGCUAUAUUUCUGAAAGAGUGGUCAACGUCCAAGCAGUUUCUUCUGAAUAUGUUCCAGUCAGUGGCCAGCAAGGUUCAGACGCACGAUGGCAACAAUUCUACACAGAAAGAAACCCUUCUGCAGAUUGUCUGUGGUAUAGCGGACAAGGACUGUAUGGCUAACUUCAGUAUGCUGUUCCUGUGGGCAUCACUAGCCAAUGCCAUCCCGAUAACCUACUGGACCCUGGCUUUCAUCAUGCAAGACAAGGAUAUCCUAAACAAAGCAAAACAACAAGUGGACAGUGUCCUUAAGUCCAAAACUGGCGUGAGUGAGUCAGACCUGCGGCAGAUGCCCUACCUCAAGUGCUGCAUGCUGGAGGCCAUCAGACUGCGGUCACCAGGGGUCAUCACCAGGAGAGUGGUCAAGUCCUUCACUGUCAAGGAGAGGAUCGUUCCAGCAGGAGAUAUGCUGAUGCUGUCACCAUACUGGGCUCAUCGCAACACCAGAUACUUCCCUCAACCUGAACAGUUUCGGCCAGAUCGAUGGGAAAAAGCUGAUUUAGAUAAGAAUGUCUUCCUUCCUGGAUUUGUGGCAUUUGGUGGAGGCAGGUACCAGUGCCCUGGAAGAUGGUUUGCCCUGCUGGAGAUCCACAUGUUCAUAGCAUUGUUCCUUCAGAGAUUUGACUGUCAACUGAUAGACUUACUACCUCCACCAAGCCCCCUGCAUGUGGUAGGCACACAACAGCCCAGCAACUCCUGCUGCUUCCAAUACAGUCUACGGCGGUAGAUGGACAUAGCUCACUGACAAGGACAAGAGUAGAUGGUGUUCAUUCUGAAUAUAGGAGUCGGAGAGGAGCUUAAAAGAAUUCCUUCUGAGGUUACUGUCAAACUAUACUGAUGGCAAUGAAUAAGGGAACACAUGGUUUCAGACACAGUAAAAUGAUAUGCUAUGGGUUCACAGCCUUGUCUACUACAUUCACGUUGGAAACAAUGCACACAAUCUCAACACUCGAUUCUAACAUGUGUUGAAUUUGUAUGUGCGCUAUUUCAGCUGUGCCCACAGUAAAGCUUAUUUCCCAGUCAUUGUCCCUUAUUCCUUGCCAUCAGUACAACCCACAGGGACAGAAGAUAUAGAACACCUCCAUUGUGAGGUCUAGCACGGAUUGUUAUGUUUCAUCAUACUUGUACAUGUAUCCGUUUUUGAUGAAUCACAUUUUACCAUUUAUCUUAAAAACUAUUACUUAAAUCCACUUUUUUCAAUAUUCAGGCAAGGUAUUCUUUGUUCCUGUUUUAUCUGAUUUGGUGAAUUUUCAUUGCCCUUUUACAGGUUUACUGUAUUUACUGAAUUUAAUCAUGACAUUGCAAGAAUAAUAAUAAUAAUAAUAAAGUCACUAUUCACAUAGUA